AUGGUUGUUAGUGAAUAUACAGCUCUGCAAGGCUUGGUGGCACUUUUAUAUUCCAUAAACGAUGGUGCCUUUGUGGGUACCGGUAUCAAAUUGAUGGUUGAUCAAGCACACAACUUAUUAGGUCCAAAUCUUCCACCGGCAGUUGUUGAUUACACAGUUGGAACAUUAAUCAAUUUGUUUGGUGGUUAUCCAAACAGUCAAGAUAUACCAGCAUCUAUCGUGUUUGCUGUCAUAUUUGGAGUUAUCAUGAUUAUACACACAGUCAUUCUUGUUAUAAAUACUUCAAGAGGACAUAUUUUUUAUCUAUCAUUUGUAUGGAUAUUCUAUUGUGCCAUGAAAGUGAUUGGAUUUUCUUUAAGAGCAAAAUGGGGUACUGAUGUCACCUUAGUUGCAAUUGGGUUGACUUCUGAAGUGUUUUUGAUUGUUCCCGCUAUUGUUAUCGUGUCGGCCAAUUUGAUUUUAGCCCAACGUCUCUUCACCUGGAGACAUCCAGUAGGGGGUUCCAGAAAGUUGUUCUGGUUCUUUAUGAUUGCAUUAUAUGCAUUUGUGGUCAUUUUGGUUGCAGUUACAAUUUUGGCAUCUUUUGUUCCAUAUUUGAAUUUCUUGAGUUAUUGGUCUUAUAGAUCUUGGAUUCACACCGUUCAGUUCACUUCAAUUUUGGUUAUUGUCUACAGUUUAACAUCCGUGGCAUUGAUUGGUUUGAGUUUUUGGUUACCAACAUCCAAGGAUGAAAGCAGAUACACUUAUCAACCAUGGUGGAUUGAAAGUUUUGCUCCAUUCUACUUUGUUGAAAAGGGAGCGGCCCAGAAGGCAGAAGCAAGUUUUAUGAAAAGAAAUUCUAAUCAUAGACAUGCAACAAGAGUGAUUGCUGCUACUCAUCAUCAUUUCAAAAUGGUUAAAGGUUUAUCCAAUAAAAGAGGUGAUUUAAAACAUAAUGUGUCCAUGGGGUUAUUAAUCAUCACCACUGUUUUGAUUUUUAUUGGAGCUAUUGGUAGAGCUAUAGUUGUAUUCCAAGCUAGAAUGCAUAUAUUUGCAAGUCCUGCAGAAAGUAAAUGGUUCAUGUAUGUUUGUUGGGGUGUUUUUGAAGUUAUUAUUAAUGUUCUUUAUAUUGUCGGAAGAGUUGACCUUAGAUUCUAUCGUCCAGAUGUCUUGCCUGCUGCUGUUAGAGCUAUUAUUACUGCUGAACAAACCUAUUACCCAUCAUCUGAUGAAGAAGAGGAUGGAUUCCACAGAGAUAGACCAGAAACAUAUGGUAAAUUACGUGGAAGGGCAGAACAUGGUACUCAAAUGCAACAUACUCAUCCAUAUUACACCAAUGGAAGUCAAGAACUGGCGUUUGACGAAGACGAAGAUGAUUAUGAUGACUUUGAGGAUAUCGAUUCACAAGAAUGGGAUUUUACUGGAAACCAGAAACCAAAGUUAUCACACUCAUCCGAAGAUCGAUCGCCCGAAGAAUAUCAAAAACAACAACAACAACCCCCAUACCCCGUACACGAUGAUAAAAAGCGUACGAGAUUUGAGGAUGAUGAUGAUAAUGAAUCUGAAUUCAAUUUCUGA